GACACCUCCAGCAACAACAUUAAAUUUUCUGUCGGUUGUGUUUCACAUUGCGUUCUUCAACUUAGCAACUAUGGCCAACUGCGCCACAAUGAUCUUGCUGGCAGUUGUUUCCUUGAUUGCUGAAAAGCUAUGGGGUGGACCGAUGGGCUCAUCUUCCGGGUACUACACGAGUCAAGCGCCAUACUACACCACGACGUAUGCAGCCCCCAGCUACUACACCACCAAGGCUCCGGAGUAUUACACGACAACAUAUGCUGCCCCCAGCUACUACACCGAGGCGCCCAAGUACUAUACGACCAAGGCACCUGAAUACUACACCACAACGUAUGCUGCUCCGGCCUACUACACUGAACCCCGAAGUAUUACUCGGCUCCAAGUUACGCAUGAGGCACCAGUUUAUUCCACCACAACAUACGCUCCUCCAAGCUACUACACCGAGGCACCCAAAUACUUAGCAACAAAGGCACCGAGUACUAUAGAGCUCCAACUCCGGACUUACUACGCUGGAACUUCCCAAUCUUACUACAGUGAGCCCACAUACUACACCGAGGCUCCACAGUACUACUCUGCUCCGUCUUAUUACACCACGGUUGCGCCAUCUUACUACACCGAGCCCAGCUAUUACACAACCUAUGCUGCUCCGGCAUCCUACCCCGAGGCUCCAAAAUAUUUGGCUCCUAGUUACUACACCGAAGCUCCGGUUUACUACACCACAUAUUCCAAACAAAGCCAUUACACCGAGGCACCACAAUACUACACUGCCACUUCUUAUUAUACCACUAAGGCCCCGGAGUACCUACGCAGUGGAGAAGGCCGAAUACUACCCUACCCACUUAUGCUGCUCCUUCUUACUACACUGAGGCUCCAAAGUUCUAUCCGGCCUCCAAGUUACUACACCACCAAGGCUCCUGAGUACACCACUAAGGCUCCCGA